GCAGCUUCUGGAUUCUCUUCGAGGGUAAUCCAACGUAAAGCACAUUGCAGAAGGUUUCCUUUUAAUUCCUCUUUGAUGCCCAUGUGUCUUUUUCUGCCUAGCUUGGUGAGCAUCAUGAGAAGACCAAAGAAAGCUCAGAGUACUUGAAAUAUUUGACUCAACAAGCUGUGGCCCUCCAACGCACAAUGAAUGAGAUCUACAAAAACGGAUCCAACGCCAACAUUAUGCCCUUGAAAUUCACAGCUCCCAGCAUGGCCAGCGUCUUAGAGCAGCUGAAUAUUAUCAACGGAAUACUCUUCAUUCCACUAAGCCAAAAAGAUUUAGAGAGCCUUAAGGCCGAGGUGCAGAGGCGGCAGCAGCUGCAAGAAUCCUUCCGGAGCAGCGAUCAGCCGGAGACCGAAGAGAAAACCCCCGAAGAGGAAGACCGAAGCCAGCCUACCCAUCCCAACACCCCUUAGAGCUUAAAAGAGCUUUUUAGUUCACUGGUCCUCACCGCAGAAUUUGCCCCAAGGUGGUUCAAGCCUCACCCUGGGACAAUUUUGGCAAUGUUGUUUGUUUCUGGGGAGGGAUAACUUUUUGUUUUGUUUUGUUUGUGUUUGAUUUGCACUGGUACAAUGAAUAUACAAUGCAAAAGAACAAAAUUUUGAGAAGUGAAGUCUACCUGUCUGUAAACUGCCACCCGCAGGCAUCUCAGGUGGCGUGGAACAGCAAAGGUCUGUGUCCCAAAAACGGCCCAACUAGACGUAGAUGCCGCAUUGAGGUGGCGAGAGAGGAAGAUGAGGGGCAGGAGACGAAUGUUGCGUGUAUAUGUGUGAGUGUAUCAUCCAUCCAUUUCUACUGUGUACAUAAGAGAUUUAAUUCCAAGUGAGGGAUAAUAUAAUAUUUCUCAGGUCAUUUUUACGUUGACUUUAAACAAAAAUGGACAUUUAACUUUGCAGAAAUUUUUGGCCACUACCCCACCACUAUGGAUUUUAAAGUGUAUUUUUUUCCCCUUCCCCUGCUUUCUUCCUACCUUUAAGCCUCAGCCCCUUAAAACACUGUUUAGGUGUGCGCAACAUUAUAAAUAUUAUAUAUUAAAUAUAAAUUCAGCCAUAUUUUUAUCUGCAGAUUGAUUUUUUUUUUAAAAAAAAAAAAGCCCAAAUGGAUUUGGUACGGGAGAGAUAAAACUUUUUGAGGCACAUAAUUUCCCCCCCCCCCCUUACUCACAUUUAGGAAGAAAAGCCACCGUGUUUUCUAUUCAGGUGCCACGUUUAGCUUUAUUUUAGGGGAGGGCAAAAAAACAA